AUGAAUCGCACGCUGGUCGAGUGUGCGCGUUGCAUGAUGGAACACGCUGGACUGGGAAAGAGCUACUGGGGUGAAGCAGUGAUGACGGCGAUGUUUCUUCGAAACCGCUGUCCAACACGUGCCAUUCACCAAGACAAGUCUCCAUAUCAAGUGUGGACGAUGAAGAAACCGAUUCUGGCCAACCUUAAAGUGUUUGGAUGCCACGCGUAUGUUCAAGUGCCUCAAGACAAACGCGCGAAGUUCUACUCCAAGUCAUCACUCUGUCGUUUCCUGGGAUACACCGAACACCAGAAGUCAUAUCGAUUUGAGGAAGUGUCAACAGGAGCGAUCAAGAUCAGUCGCGAUGCCACAUUCAUGGAAGACAAGUUUGAUGAAGGUCCGCGCAACUACAACGAUGAGUCAAGUGCCGUUGAGUUUGAUGAUCAAGACGAGGACGAAGAAAAAGAAGAAGGUAAAACUGACGACGACAUGGACUCGAGCGACGAUGACAACGAAGACACCAGGUCUUCGAAGAGCAACAUCAAGAGACACACGCGCACUCAAUCACUUGAGAAAGCUACCGUCAUUCCAAGUCCCAAGCGAAGAACUGGGGAAACGCCGACUACAUUCAAGUCGGCGAUGGAAUCAAGCGACUCCGGCAAGUGGAAAGAAGCGUGUGACUCGGAGUUCGACUCGCUUCAGAGAAACGACACGUGGGAAAUCGUGCCUCUUCCGAAAGGUCGCAAAGCCAUCGGGUGCCGAUGGGUUUUUCGUGUAAAGGAGAAUCAAGAUGGCGAAGUUGAACGUUUCAAGGCAAGACUUGUGGCCAAACGAUUCUCACAGAAAUUCGGAGUUGACUGUGAAGAAACUUUCGCACCGGUGGCCAAGUUCACAUCGAUUCGUGUGGUGCUCAGUAUGGCGGCCAAGUACGGCCUAAUGCUACAUCAGAUGGACGUCAAGACAGCGUUUCUUAACGGCUCCCUCAACGAAGACAUCUACAUGGACCAGCCAACCGGGUACCUGGAUGCAACACAGCCGGACUAUGUGUGCAAGCUAAAGAGAUCACUCUACGGCUUGAAGCAAUCGCCUCGCAUGUGGAACCAAACAAUCGAUGGGUUCAUGAUCAAGAUGGGAUUCAAGAAGUGCGAAUCGGACCACUGCAUCUACAUCAAGCGAGACGACCAAGACAUGAUUCUCGUGGUGCUCUACGUCGAUGAUCUCAUCCUGGCCAGCAGCAACAACGAACUCCUCAAGUCGACCAAGAUGGCGCUGAGCAAACGCUUCGAAAUGACGGAUCUCGGUGAGCUCGAUUACUUUCUCGGCAUGGAGAUCAAGAACGACCGUAAGACGGGAAUGGUGACUGUGCAACAAACCAAGUUUCUCAAGUCCGUGUUGACCAAGUUCGGAAUGGAUAACAGCAAGCCAGUGAAGACGCCUCAAGAUCCCGGCCUGAAGCUAACCAAGAACAUGUGUGAACAAGAAUGCAAGCCCGAAGACACCAUGUGCAACGUGCCAUAUCGAAGUGCUGUCGGAGACAUCAUGUAUCUCAUGGUCGCCACACGUCCGGAUCUAGCUGCUGCAGUGGGAUCAUUAUCCCAGUUCUCGUCCGACCCAUGCCCGACUCACUGGCAAGCUUUGAAGCGUGUGCUGAGAUACCUGCAAGCAACGCCCAAUCAUGGUCUUGAGUUUACACGUGAAGAAGGAAGCCGUAUCUGCGGGUACACCGACGCAGACUGGGCCGGCGACAUUGAGUCAAGACGAAGUACAAGCGGCUAUGUGUUCAUGAUGAACGGAGGAUGCAUCAGCUGGAAAAGCCAGAAACAACGGACGGUCGCGCUAUCUUCAACAGAAGCAGAAUACAUGGCGCUUUCCGAAGCAACCAAAGAAGCAGUAUGGCUCAAGGUGCUUUUGGGGGAACUUGGUGAGAUGACAAGCGACGAAGCGAUCAAGAUGUAUGAAGACAACCAAGGAUCAAUCGCUCUCGCCAAGAACCCGGAGUUCCAUAAGAGAACAAAACACAUCGACAUACGCUACCAUUUUGUGCGUGAGAAGGUGGAAUCAGGUGAAGUCGUUUUGGAGUAUUGCCCGACUCAAGAUAUGCUGGCAGACAUGAUGACCAAGCCGAUCGCCGCUGUACAAUUUGAAAACAUUCGCGAUCGACUUGGGAUCCAAGGUGCCGCAGCUAACGAGUCGAGAGGGAGUGUUGAAAAGACAGCGGCUGUGAAGAAGACACCUCGUCAAGCUGCGUCAAGUGUUGAAGCAAGUGGAAGACCAAGCUUCGCUAUACCGGUGGGUACCGGUAUGUACCAGUAA